UCUCACAAGACUUUCAAAUUCAAGCGAUUCCUGGCCCAGAAACAAAAGCAAAAGCUUCCUAUUCCUCAAUGGAUUCAGAUGAAAACUGGUAAGAAAAUUGGGUACAACUCUAAGAGAAGAUACUGUAGAAGAAUGAAGCUGGGUCUGUAA